AUGAUAAUCAUUGAAGAAAGCGAAUUUGGGCAGCAGGGAUAUCAAUUUUGGCUUCAAGUUUUCAUAUUUUUCGAUAUUAUCUGUUGUAUCGCGAUCAUUCUCCCAGUGAUUUGGUCGAUAAAGCACCUACAAGAAGGCGCACGCAGCGAUGGCAAGGCAGCUUUUAAUUUAGAAAAGUUAAGAUUGUUCCGGCAUUUUUAUUUGAUCAUAAUCGGCUACAUAUAUCUAACUCGCGUUAUCAGGUUCAUCGUUGAGGCAGUGGUGCCGUUCAAUUAUGAAUGGAUAACCGAUGCUGUUAUCGAGUUUUCCACGCUUUUAUUCUUCGUAAUUGCUGGCUACCAAUUCAGACCACAAGAACGAAAUCCAUAUUUAAAGUUAGCGCAGGAAGACGAUGCUGAAGCGUACGUUAUUUAG